AGUAUAUAACUUUGGAUCCCUUUUUACCACUAAUUUCCCGCCUUGACUUGUCUUUGUCUAUGCAGGCACCUUCCAGGAAAGAUGUCCAUACCUUUUUGAUCAUCAACACCCCUGCAUUAUUGAGUCACCCACUUCCUUCAAAUUCUUUCCUUCUUCUUUUUCAUCCCAACCCAUUCUCACUCUCUUUCAUCGAUCUUUCCAGUUUAAGACUCUCGUCUUUCGGAUAUUCUUUUUCUGCAAAAUUUUCUUGUUCAAACGCAUCUCCACUUGCAUAUUCUGAUCCGAUCCAGUUAGCAUUCAGAAGCAAAGCUUAAGGCAAGGGAGGUACCCUCGACCUUUGGAUCCUUCUUUAGCAUCGACUCCUAGUAUCAGCACUGUUGAGUUUAAGUUGCCUAAUCUCAAAUUCUUUGCUUCUUCGACUUCAAUCCAUUCCAAACUCUCUUCAUCUUUCUCCAGCUACUCCACCAAAAAAAUAAAAAAAACAACAACGAAAGUCUUCUUGUUCAAAAGCAUCUGCACUCAGAGUUACCAUUUCAGAGGUACAACGAAAGGCAAAGAUCAAAUUAGUUGUUCCAACACAAUGGAAGUCCUGUCUAUGGUUGCUCAACCUCUUUUGUCAGCGACUUUUGAUUGGAUGCUCCAAAAGUUGGAUGGUUUCAUUUCCAGCAAUUCCCAUCGAUUGCAGGAAGAGAUCCAUGCCGAUCUGGAAAAAUGGAGGACCUUGGUACCGCAACUCCGUGGCUUGCUCAAAGAUGCAGAAGAGAAGCAACUCCAUGAAAAUUUCGUGAAGGCCUGGCUUGAUGAUCUUAAGGACUUGGCUUAUGAUAUAGAUGACAUUUUUGAGGAAUCGAAGGCUGGUGUGGAUGUUCAGAGCACCUUGAUAGUAAGACCUCAACAAGGCAGCAGCAGCAGAUUUAUCCCAGCAACAUGCUUCUCUUGUUUCAAAGGCAAUGAUUUCAUGUUUGAUUCUGAAACCAUUUCUAAGGUGAAGGAUAUUUCUAAGAGGUUGAAAAACUUGGCUGACACAUCCAUCACACUUGGCCUAGUGAGUUUAAGAGUGCAAGCUGGAGAGCAGCCCAACAGAGUGGCUGCAUCAAGGAUCACCACUUCUCUGCCUGAUUCUUAUGUUUGUGGUCGGAAGAGUGAUAAAGAGGAUAUUCUUCGAGAGUUGCACAAUGACGGAGGCAAUGAUAAAGGAUAUUCUGUAAUUCCCAUUGUUGGAAUGGGAGGUGUUGGGAAAACAACAUUGGCUCGACUUGUUUACAAUGGGGUGAAGGAGGGAAGCUUUGAAACUAAAGUCUGGGUUUGUGUUUCCAAUCAAUUUGAUAUUUUGCGCAUAACAAGAACAAUUUUAGAGGCAGUAUCUAAUGACAAGUGUGAUUCGAAGGAUCUUAAUCUGCUUCAAGAAAAAUUGAAGGAAAAAUUAUCUUGUAAGAAGUUUCUUCUUGUUCUAGAUGACGUUUGGAAUGACGUCUACCAAGAAUGGGAGACCCUACAAAAACCUUUCAAAUCAGGAUUAGCUGGAAGCAAAAUAAUAGUCACAACUCGUAAUGAGCGUGUUGCAGUAAUUAUGGGUGGGAAAGGCAAGAUUCACUGGCUAAAAGAAUUAGAAUUUGAAGAAUGCUUGCCAAUUUUAGCUCAGCAUGCCUUAGGAGAAGAGAACUUUGAUGCACAUCCAAUUUUGAAAGAAGUUGGUGAAGAAAUUGCUAAAAGGUGCAAUGGCUUGCCAUUGGUUGCCAAAGUCCUAGGGGGCCUCUUAUGUGGUAAGCUCGAAGUUAAAGAUUGGGAACACAUAUUAAACAGUAAAUUGUUGAAUUUGCAAUUAGGCAAAAGUGGGAUUCUGCCACCCUUGAUGCUAAGCUACCAUGAUCUUCCUUCUCAUUUAAAGCAAUGUUUUGCACAUUGUGCUUUGUUUCCUAAAGACUACCUAUUUAAGGAGGAUGAGUUAGUUAUGUUGUGGAUGGCAGAGGGACUCUUGCAACAACAACUGGAGGAGCAAAAUAGAUUGGAAGAAAUUGGGCAUCUAUAUUUUCGUGAGUUACUUUCAAGAUCAUUUUUUCAGCAGUCUAGCGAGAAUGAAUUAGAGUAUGUAAUGCAUGAUCUCAUACAUGAUUUAGCUCAAUUUGUUGCUGGAAGAACAUGCCACAACCUGCAAAAUAUGUUGGAGGUUGAUAAGAAAUCUAAAGUGAAAUUUGAGAAGGUCCGUCAUUUAUCAUUCUACCAAGGUGAUUAUGAUAUCUCUGAGAAAUUCAAAGUUUUGAAUGAAAUGAAGAGUUUACGGACGAUGAUUCCUGCUAAUCCAAAAGCUGCUGGGUGCUAUUUAUCAAAGACAGUGGUGCUUGAUUGGAUACCAAAAUUAAGGUGCUUAAGGGCAUUAUCUCUUCAAGGUUAUUGUAUAAGAAAACUACCAGAUUCAAUCAGAGAUUUAAAAUGUUUAAAGUACAUUAAUUUGUCUGAAACUAGGAUACAAAGUCUACCUGAAUCAAUAGUUUUCCUCCUCCAGUUACAGACAUUGUUGUUAUUCAACUGUAGAAGCUUUUCAAAGUUUCCUGAAAUGGAGGUCCUUAGCAGGUUAAAACCACAUCUAAAAUUGAAAAGUCUCUCAAUUAUUUGCUAUGGUGGCAAGGAAUUCCCGUCCUGGUUUAGUUGUCCAUCAUUUUCUAAUUUAUCAUACUUGAAGCUGUGUGAGUGUAGAAGCAGCACUUUAUUACCAUCAUUGGGGCAAUUACCAGCACUCAAAGAAUUGAUUGUGGAAGGCAUGGAUGCAAUAGAAACGGUUGAUUCUAAGUUUUAUGGGCAUGGCACUUUUCAAUCUCUUAAGAAGCUGGAGUUUCGUCGCAUGUUAGCUUUGAAGGAAUGGACUUCAACAAUAGAAGGCGGAGUGGGAUUCCCAUGUCUUCGUGAGCUUGUGAUUGAAAAUUGUCCUAAGCUGAUGGGAGAAUUACCUAGCCACUUGUCUUGUCUUACAAAUCUUGUAAUCAGAGGAUGCCCAGAGUUAAGAUGCCCAUCAUCUAUGAGUCUUCAAUCACUACAAAAGCUGAAUAUUGAAGACUGCAAUGUGGUCUUUUUGAAUAGCUUGGUUGAUCUCAUCUCUCUUACUAGCUUGGAAAUUAAGAGAAUUUCAGGACUUGUUUGCUUGGCUAGGAGUUUUAUUGAGUCCUUGAUAGCAGUUGAGAAGGUGGAGAUUAAAGAAUGCCUCGAGCUUACUUGUUUAUGGGAGGAAGGUGCCGAGAUAGAAAACCUUGCUCGUCUUGAGAAAAUGAACAUUGGGAGCUGCCCUCUUCUUGUUUCAUUGACAGGGAAAGAACAUGGCCUUCUUCCUUUCAAUCUUAAACAUCUCACACUUUCAAGUUGCAAGGCUUUAGAGUCAUUAACUGAUGCGAUGAUGAUGAAGGUAGAUGGAAGCAGUAGCAGCAACAACGUAUUGAGACUUGAAUCAUUAAGCAUCUACAAUUGUGAUUCUCUCAAGUGUCUACCCACCACCACGGUUAAACACUUGAUAAUUGAUGGAUGUGCAAAUUUUGAGUCUUUACCAGAUGGAGUAUUAUUACAAGAUAAUGGUGAAAGCAAAAGCAAUCUUGAAUCUUUGAGAAUAGAGGAACUUCCAUCUCUAAAUUCUGUUGGGAGUGGUCAUCUGCCAGCUUCUCUCAAGAAAUUUACUAUUGAAGGUUGCAAGAGGUUGGAAUCAUUUCAAGAGAGGCUGCUGCAACAUUGUAGGGGACUUGAAUUCAUUCGAAUCGAGGAUUGUGAAGUAUUGAGAAGCUUAUCACUUGAUGGCCUCAGCAAUCUUCGUGAUUUGCAGAUUUGGGGUUGUGCAGUUUUAGAAUUCCUCCCAGAAAUGGGCCUCUCCUUGCCCAAUCUUAGAUCUUUGAGCAUUGACGAUUGCCCACGGUUGGAGCGCAUUCCAGAUGGGGGUUUUCCCCCAAACUUCACAGAUCUUAAAUUAGUAAAUUGUCAGAAUCUCAACUUCCUACCAAAUACAAUGAAUGAGCUUACAUCGAUUCAGAUACUGAGGAUAACUGGUUGUCCAGGCAUCAAAUCCAUUCCAGAUGGGGGUUUUCCCCCAAACUUAACAGAUCUUUACUUAGACGGUAAGUAUCUGAAGCAGCCGGCAGUGGAACGGGGCCUCCGCAAUCUUACCUCUCUUCAAAGCUUUAGCAUUUAUAACACGUGUGCUCCUCUUCUGGAUAUUGUGCUUCCUUCUUCUUUAACAUAUCUACGGAUAGAAAAUGCAAAGAAUCUGAAAUCCAUACCCAGAGGGCUCCUCCAAAACCUCAACUCUCUUCAAUCUUUAUGGAUUUGGGACUGCCCAAAGCUACGGUCCUUGCCGAGGGAAGGCCUGCCUCUGUCGCUUGGAUCUCUCUCCAUCUUUAAAUGUCCGCUUCUAAAACUACAACGCUUUGAGGAGAAAGGAGAAUAUUGGUCUCUCACCCGUACCAUCCCUCACGUCCGAAUAAAUAAUGAUGAGCUAUAACCACCAAAGCCAAUUGUUACCUGAGUGAAAUCUGGAAUAAAGCUACAGACUUAUCAUUGAGGUAUAUUUCUUUUCUUUUUAAUAGCUUAAAUUAUAAUAUAUCUGCAUAUAUUGU